ACUCAGCUUAGGGGCGUGACUAUUUAACGUGCGUUAACUGUACAAGCCAUUCAAAUACUCAACAUUCCUACCCGACAGUUUUUCGUUCACAAUGCCACAGAACACUACAGUCUACGUCAAAGUUGGAGAAGGAAAAGACCUUCCAGCCAAAGACAUAACAGGCUCUAGUGAUCCGUUCUGUACCGUUCGAAUCGACAACGAGGAAGUAGCAAGGACUGAUACUGUGUUCAAGAGUUUGUCUCCGUUUUGGGGAGAGGAGUUUACUCUACAUGUACCAACUGGUUUCCAGAAUUUGUCAGUUUAUGUGUAUGAUGAGGACACAUUCAGUAAAGAUGAUAUUAUAGGGAAAGUGUCACUCAAUAAAGAAGACAUUAUUGCACCUAUCAGAGGUGUGGAGAAAUGGUUUAAACUAACACCUGUUGAUAAAGAUUCAGAAGUGCAAGGAGAAGUCAACGUAGAAUUGUCAAUUGAUGACACAAAGGACACGAUAUUGGUUCAGGUUAUUGUGAAAAGUGCCAGAGAUUUGGCUGCCAAAGAUACGACAGGAACAUCCGAUCCAUUUAUUCAACUUGUGUGUGGAGACAACAAGCUUGCAACUUCGGUUGUGAAGAAAACUCGAUUUCCACAUUGGAACGAAGGGUUUACAUUUGAGCUCACAAAACCGCUGAAUCCAUCAGCAAGUGUUCAGUUCAUAUGCAACGAUUGGGAUCGGAUGAGUCACAAUGACUUUCUAGGACAGUUUACAGUGUUACUGUCUUCUUUGACUCCGAGUUACAUUUAUAAAGAGUGGUACAGGCUGCAGCCACGAUCAUACUUGGGUGAUGAAAGAGAGCAUGAACUUGGGUCUAUCAGACUGAAAGUACGUUGUACCGAACAGAAUGUAUUGCAAUCUUAUUGUUAUGAACCUAUGAAAGGAUUGUUGCUUGAUGCUUUGAGCCAUUUUGAGGAUGGUGGCAAGGAUUUUUUUGACGUUCUACAAGAAGUAAUGGUUAUUGAUCUCACAGAAAUGGCCACAGUGUUGGUCAAAGUCUACCUGGGCUGUGAUGAAAUUACCUCAUUUCUUGAUUGUUUAUGUCAAGAGGAUAUCAAAGCAUGUGAAAAUCCAACCACGUUGUUUAGAGGCAACUCACUGGGCUCUAAAGCUGCAGACCAAUUCAUGAAGGUUGUUAGUAUGCCUUAUCUUCAUCAAACACUGGGUAGUGUUGUCAAUCUUAUCUAUGCGGAGAAUAAGUAUUGUGAGUUGGAUCCAACAAAAAUUGAACGAAAGGAAAGGCAAGUCUUAGAGAGCAGUGAAGAAAUCCUUCUUGGCUACCUCACUACUAUUCUGAACUCUGUCUUGGGUUCGGCUUCUCAGUGUCCACCUGUAUUGAAGGAUUUCUUUAGAAUUCUUGUUCAACGGGUGAGAGAGAGAUUUCCAGACAGCAUGGAUCUUCCAUACACCGCGGUUAGCAGCUUUGUCAUUUUGCGUUUCUUUGCUGCUGCCCUGCUUUCUCCCAAGUUGUUUGGUUUGCGUCGAGAGCAUCCGAAUGGCCAAGUUUUACGGACUCUAACUCUAGCUGCUAAGAUCCUACAGACGAUUGGUAAUCUUGUGCAAGAUGUUGGAAACAGCAAGGAGGCUUACAUGGCUCCCUUCCGUACUUUCGUUUUGCAUCACAUUCCUAAAUUAAGGAAUUUUAUUGACAUGCUUGUUCAAGCAGAUAGUCAAGCUCAAAAACGGACUCCAUCAGACCCUUCUCGCUCUGUAUUUGAUCCCAAAAGCGUUCUUCUGUCUGGCUAUAUGUCAAAGAGGUCUGCUGAUCACGUGACUUCUGUUGUUGGACCACUGACGUUUAAGAAGCGUUUCUUUCGUCUUUCGCACAAGACACUGUCAUAUGCAAACUCGGAUUACGAGCAGGUGAAAAAGGACAUUCUUGUGAGCACAAUUUGUGCUGUUGAACGAGUAGACAAAAAUGCAUUUCAACGUAAAAACAUGCUGCAGGUGAUUCAGCGACUUUCUGAUGGAGAGCUGUCGACUACUUACAUUUCCACUAAGAAUGUCAAUGAACAGACGGAAUGGUUGUCUGCCAUACGGAAGGUAUGCGUGUGUAAUCGCCGCAUGCUACGUUUGCACCAUCCCGGUGCUUACCGAUCAGGAAAAUGGACUUGCUGCAGAUGCAAACCAAAGCUUGUGCCAGGCUGCAGUGUUGUUCGCUCUGCUGUGAUUAGCGACUGGAGGGAUCCUCUUGACUCUGACAUGGAACUACAAACAAUCUACAGUCAGCUGCAUGUUGGACGAGACAAAAUCCGGAGAAAAUAUGAAAGCAUGUUUACAGAUGGAGGCUGUAGAAUGUUGAGAACGUUGCUUCGAGUGAUAGACCGACUGGAGAAAGAACACGAACUUCACAGCAAAGAGUAACCAAUUUGUGAUGUUGUGGCCAUCAAGAUGAAAGACUGUUAUGAAUGUAACGGUAUUACGAUCACAAACUAGUUAAAGUAUAUUUGAUAAAGAGUGUAUAUUAGUAUUUCUAUUAUCGAACAUGCCAUGUUACCCUGACA